AUGGACAAGGAAAUUAGCGACAGGGUAGGGAAAUGCCAAGCCUGCCAGGAGUCUAGGCCACUACCCCCUACGGCCCCAAUCCGAGAGUGGGAGAAACCCCAGGGCCCAUGGUCUAGGAUUCACAUCGAUUUUGCCGGCCCGUUCCACGGGCAAACCUUUCUAGUGGUAGUAGAUGCCUACUCCAAAUGGCUAGAAAUCAUUCUCAUGAGAUCCACGACGGCCGAGUCAGUGAUCUCAGUCCUGAGGCACCUAUUUGUAACCCAUGGGUUGCCUGACACCCUAGUCUCCGAUAACGGCCCGCAAUUCACGGCAACCCAGUUUGAGGGGUACUUGGCGGAGGAGGGCAUCAGACAUGUCCUCUCAGCACCUUUCCACCCGGCGACGAACGGAGUUGCAGAACGUUUCGUUCGGAGCGCGAAAGAAGCAUUGUCCAGGAUAAGGCCAGGCGAUUGGCAAACAAAAAUAGACACAUUCCUAGCCGUCCAACACAGAACCCCCUGUGUGACAACUGGCCGCAGUCCGGCGGAACUAUUAAUGGGCAGG